GUGUUGCUGUCUGAUCAGUGAAAUCAGUGAGAAAAAUAACUCAACAAUCAGAGGGAGGACAGGGAUUAAACUCUGAGGACACUUCUCUGGUUUUGGAUGCUCAGGUUCAUGCACCGUGUUGUGCACAUGAUAUGAAAAGACAACGUUGUCAGAAAAACUGCUGUGUUUAAUGUGAUUGUGUGUUGCACAAACAAGAUGUUGGCAGUUCAUUUGGUUUCUUUCCUCUUCUCCAAAGUCCAGGAGGAGCCCAACAAGGAGGUGGACAGAUUUCUGCAGGCGAUGCGUCUCGGUGACGAGCAGCUCAAAGACAUUUCCAGUCUUUUCCUGGCAGAAAUGAAGAAAGGUCUAUCGGCAGAAAGCAACGCUGCCGCGGUGGUCAAGAUGCUUCCAACACACGUCCGGUCCACUCCAGAUGGAUCAGAGAAAGGACAGUUUCUGGCUCUGGAUCUUGGAGGCUCCAGGUUCAAGGUGCUCUGUGUUAAAGUCAGAGAGGGGAAGGGAGUAAGAAGGGGAAGGGUGGAGAUGCAUGAGAAGAUCUUCCCAAUUCCACAAGAGCUGCUUGAGGGCAAAGGAGCUGAGUUAUUUGACCAUGUGUCAGAGUCUCUGAAGGACUUUGUGCAUGAGAACAACAUCAACAUGGAGAAGAAACAUCCUCUGGCCUUUACGUUCUCAUUCCCCUGUGAACAGUCCAGCCUCGGUCAGGGACUGUUGUUAGACUGGAGUAAAAACUUCCAUGUUCGAGGUGUCCGGGGAAAAGAUGUGGUCCAGGCCCUCAGAGAGGCCAUUGACAGAACUGGGGGAAUUGAUGUUGACGUGUUGGCUCUGGUCAACGACACUGUAGCCACCAUGAUGACCUGUGGUCUUGAUGACCAGCACUGUGAGGUGGGACUCAUUGUUGGUACAGGAACCAACGCCUGCUACAUGGAGGAGCUGCGUCACAUUGACCUGGUGGAAGGAGACGAGGGCAGGAUGUGUGUGAACACGGAGUGGGGAGCAUUCGGAGAGGACGGUACUCUGAAGGACUACAUCACGGAGUUUGACAGAGAAGUGGAUGCAGCCUCCAACAAUCCUGGCAAACAGAUCUUUGAGAAAAUGGUCAGCGGGAUGUAUCUGGGUGAGCUGGUGAGGCUGGUGCUGCUGAAGAUGGCCAAAUUAGGACUUCUGUUUGAUGGAUGUGUGUCUAGUGCUCUGAGGACUAGGGGAAAAAUAAGCACCGCAGAUGUGGCAGCCAUGGAGGAGUACAGAAAUGGUCUGAAGAACACCAGAGUCAUCCUCAAGGCCCUCGGUUUGACGCCCUCACCCGAAGACUGUGUCGCUGUUCAGCACAUCAGCACCACUGUGUCCCUCAGGUCCUCAAAUCUGGUGGCCGCAGGUCUGGUGGCCGUCCUCACUCGGAUCAAGGAAAACAGGAGGCUGAGGACGUUCAGGGUCACUGUGGGUGUGGAUGGAUCGGUUUACAGGACCCAUCCACAGUAUCCCAAACGUCUUCAUGGAGCAGUGCGGCGUUUACUCCCCGAGUGUCAGGUGAGAUUUGUGGUGUCAGAGAGAGGCAGCAGCAGAGGAGCAGCGCUGGUGACAGCUGUAGCCCAGAGACGAGUGUCCCUGAGACAAAAGGUGGACGAGGCUCUGUCUCCGCUCCGACUGAGUAUUGAGCAGCUCCAAAUGGUGAAGGCCAAAAUGAGAGCAGGACUGGAGGCGGGGCUGAGGCAGGAAAGACGCUCGGAAAUCAAGAUGCUGCCUUCCUUUGUGUGUCAGCUGCCUGAAAGCUCAGAACAUGGAGAAGUUCUCGUCCUGGCUCUGGAAGAAACAUUCUUUAAAGCCUUUUUGGUAAACUUCAACAAAGACCCGCAGGAGCCACAGCUCCAGCACAAGAUCUACCCCAUCCCAGCAGAGAUAACACAGGGAGCUGGAACAGAAUUCUUUGACCACAUCGCAGGCUGUGUCAGUGACUACCUGGACUACAUGGGAAUUAAAAAAUCCCAUCUUCCUGCUGGUCUCUUAUUUCCUUUCCCCUGCGAUCAGACGGCAGUUGGUGAAGCCACUUUGUUGAGCUGGACCAAAGGCGUCAGGGCCACAGACUGUGAAGGACACCACGUUGUCAGAAUGCUGCAGGAGGCCAUCGAGAGACGCAAUGAGUUUGAGUUGGACGUAGCAGCAGUGGUCAAUGACACAGUUGGGACCAUGGUGGGCUGUGCUCAUGGAGAUCCUCGGUGUGAACUUGGACUCAUCGUUGGAACUGGAACCAACCUGUGUUACAUGGAGGAACUAAAGAACAUCAAGUGGGAAAAGGACGACCCGACAGACAGGGAGAUACAGAGGAUGUGUAUAAAUACAGAGUGGGGGGGUCUGGGUGACGACGGCUCUCUGGAUGAAAUCACCACCUCAUAUGAUGUCGCAGUAGAUCGAAACUCACACAAUCCUGGAAAACAAAGGUUUGAAAAGAUGACCAGUGGGAUGUAUUUGGGUGAAGUUGUGCGUCAGACGUUGUUGGAUUUAACCAGAAGAGGUUUGCUGUUCAGAGGUCAUGUCACAGAGGCCUUGAAAACACCUGGAAUUUUUCAAACCAAAUAUCUUUCACAAACAGAGAGCGAUCGCCUGGCUCUACUGCAGGUCAGAUCUAUCCUGCAGGGUCUGGGCCUUGACUGCACCUGUGAUGACGCCAUCAUUGUGAAAGAGGUUUGUGGCGCUGUGUCACGUCGAGCUGCUCAGCUGUGCGGGGCAGGAAUGGCAGCUGUGGUGGACAAGAUGAGAGAGAACAGCGGUCUGGACCGUCUUAGCAUCACUGCAGGUGUAGACGGGACCGUCCACAAACUUCAUCCACAUUUCCCCAGAGUCCUGAAGGAGACGCUCACAGUGUUAGCUCCUCAGUGUAAUGUGACUUUCCUCACAGUGGACGACAGCAGUGUCAGAGGUGCUGCCCUCGUCACAGCCGGAGCCGCAGAGAAGAAGGUUUAACUUGACGUCAAGGGGAAUUUUUUUUUUUUUGUGAAUAAGUAAUUUAUAAAUAAUUGUUAUGGUUUAAAUGUUUUUACUAAACACGUCUAUCAGUGAAAGAAUUGUCGUUUUUGUUGUCGUUUAAGAAAAUGACUGUUUUAUGUGGUUAAAGGUCCAAUAACAGGAAUGAAACAGAGUUCUGCUUUAACCAAAACAACAUCACAUUAUUUAAUGUAGUGAAAAUAGAAGGACAAUGUCCAUGACCCUGUCAGGAUCUAGGUCCAAAGUCUGGUUCCACCAAGUACAAAAAAAAGGUCAAAA